AUGGCAAAUAGUGAGGGCUGUUGUUCCACUCAGCUUAUUGAUGGAGAAGGUACAUUCAAUGUUGCCGGAAUCGAAAAGUUUAUGAAGGAGGUCAAAUUGGGCGAAUGUGGGCUUUCGUAUGCUGUAGUUUCUAUUAUGGGUCCACAGAGUAGUGGGAAGAGCACGCUAUUAAAUAAAUUGUUUCGCACCGACUUCAAUGAGAUGGAUGCUUUUAAAGGAAGAUCUCAAACAACUAAAGGAAUUUGGAUGGCAAAAUGUGCAGGCAUAGAGCCUUUUACACUUGUGAUGGAUUUGGAGGGUACAGAUGGAAGAGAACGUGGAGAGGAUGAUACGGCAUUUGAAAAACAGAGUGCUCUUUUUGCUCUUGCUGUUUCAGACAUAGUGCUAAUAAACAUGUGGUGUCAUGACAUUGGCCGUGAGCAAGCCGCAAAUAAGCCUCUGUUGAAAACUGUCUUUCAAGUUAUGAUGAGAUUGUUUAGCCCACGCAAAACAACAUUGUUGUUUGUCAUUCGUGAUAAGACAAGAACACCCCUUGAAAAUUUAGAACCUGUUUUGCGAGAAGAUAUUCAGAAGAUAUGGGACUCUGUUCCUAAGCCACAAGUCCACAUGGAAACUCCAUUGGGUGAAUUCUUUAAUGUUGAAGUUGUUGCACUUUCUAGUUUUGAAGAAAAGGAAGAACAGUUCAAGGAGCAGGUUGCCAACUUGAGGCAACGAUUCUAUCAUUCUAUCACUCCUGGUGGGCUUGCAGGAGAUCGACGUGGAGUAGUUCCUGCUUCAGGCUUUUCUUUUAGUGCUCAGCAAAUUUGGAAAAUCAUUAAGGAAAACAAGGAUCUGGACCUUCCUGCUCACAAGGUCAUGGUUGCUACUGUAAGAUGUGAAGAAAUUGCCAAUGAGAAGUACGCUGCCUUCGCUGCAAAUGAGGACUGGCAUCAAUUGGAAGAGGAUGUGCAAUCUGGCCCAGUUCCUGGAUUUGGCAAAAAGCUCAGUUCAAUCCUUGGCUCUUGUCUGUCAGAGUAUGAUUCAGAAGCCACUUAUUUUGAUGAAGGUGUCAGAUCUGCAAAACAAAAGCAGCUUCAAGAAAAAUUGUUGCAACUUGUUCAACCAGCAUUCCAAAUUGUGCUGGGACAUAUAAGGUCUGGAAUUCUAGAAAAGUACAAGGAAGCUCUUGACAAGGCUUUGAAAGGAGGGGAAGGGUUUUCUGCUGCUGCUAAUAGAUGCACAAACUCUUUUAUGGCUCAGUUUGAUGAAGCUUGUGCAGAUGUAAUAAUUGAACAAGCAAACUGGGAUACAUCCAAGGCAAGGGAGAAACUCCAUCGUGAUAUUGUCGCACAUGUUGCUUUUGUUCGAGCAGCUAAGCUGUCUGAACUUACAUCAUCAUAUGAGGAAAAACUGAAAGACGCUUUGUCUGGACCUAUUGAAGCCCUGCUGGAUGAAGCCAAUAGUGAUACAUGGCCAGCAAUAAGGAAUCUUCUUAAGCGUGAGACAGAAUCCGCCGUAUCAGGCUUCUAUACUGCACUUUCUGGGUUUGAUAUGGAUGAAGAAACAAGACGGAACAUGACCACAAGUCUAGAGGAUUAUGCAAGGGGUUUAGUAGAGGCAAAGGCAAGGGAAGAAUCUGGAAGAGUUCUGAUCCGUAUGAAGGACAGGUUUACAACAUUGUUUAGCCAUGAUUCUGAUUCAAUGCCUCGUAUUUGGACUGGGAAAGAAGAUAUUCGAGCCAUCACCAAGACUGCCCGUUCUGCUUCCUUGAAGUUGCUAUCUGUUAUGGCGGCUAUUCGUUUAGAUUCUACUGCUGAUAAUGUUGAGAAAACAUUAACAGUUGCAUUGCUGGAUUCUCCAAGUUCUAUGAAAGACAGAAGCAUUACAUCAGUUGAUCCUUUGGCUUCAAGCACCUGGACAGAGAUUCCAUCUUCUAAAACCUUAAUCACACCAGUACAGUGCAAAAAUGUGUGGAGACAAUUCAAGACAGAGACUGAAUAUAGUGUCACUCAAGCCAUUUCUGCACAGGAGGCCAACAAUCGUAGUAACAACUGGUUACCACCUCCAUGGGCAAUUGUUGCUUUACUUAUUCUGGGAUUCAAUGAAUUUGUGACACUUCUAAGAAACCCCUUGUAUCUGGGUGUCAUAUUUAUCGGUUUUCUUCUCGGAAAAGCCCUAUGGGUUCAGCUGGACAUCUCGAAUGAAUUCCGCCAUGGAAUGCUUCCAGGAAUGAUAUCUUUGUCUGCCAAGUUUCUUCCAACACUCUUGAGCAUUAUCAGAAAACUAGCAGAGCAGGCACAGAAUCCUCCAACAAACAACGAUCCCCAGAGAAACCCAUCAAAAAGCAAUCAAAAUUCCGUUACUGACAGUAGUGAUACCGUGUCUAGUGCUUCAUCUAGCGUAACUUCUUCGGAGAAAGGACCCAAAUAUGAGUAG